UUGUAACUUGCUUCAUUCAUUGUGAUUGUGCAGUGUGUGUGUGUGUGAAGUGGAAGAGGAAGAAGAGGAGAUGGUGAUGAAGCCUGCAUGGCUUCAAGGUUUAAUGGCGGAAACAUUCUUCGUGGCUUGUGGGGUCCACGAUAAUUGCAGAAAAAAUGAAAAGAAUAUUUUUUGCUUGAAUUGUUGCCUGAGCUUUUGCCGUAACUGUCUCCUCUCUCAUCACCCCUCCCACCCUCUCCUACAGAUAAGGAGAUAUGUUUAUCAGGAUGUGAUUCGAUUGGACGACCUCGAAAAGCUCAUCGAUUGUUCUUACAUUCAGUCCUACACGAUAAAUAGUGCAAAAGUGAUUUUCUUGCAUCAAAGAGAGCACUCAAGAUCAUGCAAGGGCUCUUCCAAUUCUUGUUUCACCUGUCACAGAAUUCUUCAAGACUCAUUCCACUUCUGUUCACUCUCUUGCAAGGUCGAUUACAUGGUUCACCAAGGGAACGAUUUGUCGGGAAUCUUGUCCAAACUCGACCACUCCAAUUUCUACAUCUCUCGAUUCGAAGACUUGAGGGUUGACGUGGCAGAUGAUCGCGAAGGAUCCGACUACCGACACCGAGCGAGUAAUUCCAGAUCCAAGAAGAAGGGAGGAUUUCUCGUGCUAUCUUUCGGUAGCAGAAGAAAAGGGGCGCCCCAAAGAUCUCCACUUUCUUGAUAAAAAUGAAAUAAUGAUAAUAAAAAAAUGUAGUAGUUUUUAUUAAUUGUGAUGCAAUUAUGCAUCAUAUAUAAAGUUUAGUGAUUUCAUGUUAAAUUUAAUGCUGUUGUAUUAAUUAAAGACAAAUAAUGAAAAAAAUAUUUGAUUAAUGAGUUUUGCAUAUGAGAUUGAGCU